CGCGCUCGCAACAUCAUCUCUCAAGGUGCGCAACACCCCCUUUCCCGCGGGGGCUUUUUCAUCAGCCCCACCUGCAAACGAUCACGCUCCCUGAUCGAUCCGCCUGCCACCCGGCUGCUGUAUCUCUCUUUGUGUCUCUGUUCGCUCCGCGUCUGGCAGGGCGUUCCUUUAUUUUUAGGGCUCGUUUAAGGAACCCCCUUUGCCGCAAAAAGGAAAAGAGACAAAAAAGAAAGUUCAAUAAUCUCGGUUUCAGAUGCAGAACCACCAGAACCUUCUUCUUUCGUGUCACCAGCUUCUACCGCCAAGCGACCGCGAAUGGUGGUAUCGGCGCCGCCACCCGGUCACCUAGCAGCCACUACUGUCACUGCUCUGCUCAUGCCCGCCGGUCGAGCACUGCUGCGACUGCGACUGCCACCGCGACCGCGGCUAAUGGAACCUGGUGCUGCGACUGGACCCGGUCAUGCCGCACCGCCCUCGCCCUCUCCGUAACUUCGUGACCCGUUACCGCCGGCAGCAAUCUACCCGUGUACACCGACAUUAGGAACUCGAACCGCGUCCUGGUGUCUAUCUGAAACGUCCAGGGCGAUGCGCCGGUGAGACAGCUUUCCUCUCUCCACAUUCAUCAACCCUAUACUUGACACGCCCCUGCGUUCCUUUUACC